AUGUCUUUUCCAGGACAUCCAACUCAACACCAACCACUGCCACAGGAUCAAAUUUAUGCUCAGAAAAUAAGUGAAUCAUGUAUAUUCAAAUCAAUACUUAGUUUAGCAGGAGGAUUUGUGUUAGGAGGAGUAUUCGGAAUGUUCAUGUCAUCGCUUGAAAUGUCGUCCGCAGACCCAGCAGUACUCGAAAAACCGAUGCGACAACAGCUUAAACACACGGCAAAAGAUAUGGCAAACAAAUCGUUCUCAAUGGCGAAAAAUUUUGCGGUUGUCGGGGCAAUUUUCUCUAGUACUGAGUGUAUAAUAGAAGGGUAUCGAGCUAAAAAUGAUAUAUAUAACGGUGUUGCUGCUGGGUGUGUUACCGGGGCUAUACUGGCCGCUAGAGCUGGACCUCAAGCGACUGCUCUUGGAUGUGCAGGAUUUGCUGCAUUUUCGACGGCAAUAGAGUACUAUAUGCGAAGAGAAUAA